AUGAAGACGAUGAUAGAAGCAGCUCUUGCCUUUGCCUUUUUGUUGCUAUUCACCAACACAGCGUACGGUUCCCUAGCAUCUUACUGCGACGCAUCAAAAAAGGUCUGCUACAGCUGGGCUGUUCCAUCUUCGACAACCUCUUCCAGCUCUAACAAUCUCUAUCUUCGCCUCGAAGCUCCCACUGACUACCAAUGGAUCGCACUUGGAACCGGCUCUCGAAUGAGUGGUUCUACUAUGUUCGUUAUCUAUCAGGACGGGUCAGGUAACGUGACUUUGAGUACAAGAAAGGGCACUGGUCAUGUCAUGCCGACGUAUAAUCGCAUGAGCAACGUCAAGCUGAUCGAAGGAAGCGGCACUUCGAACAAAACCAUGGUGGCAAACAUACGUUGGUCUGACGCGACUGGCAUUGACUUAACAGGGUCGAAUCAUUGGAUCAGUGCUUGGAAAAAGGGCAAUCCUCUCGACACAAGUGAUACAAGUACCGACUUCGAUGAACAUGAUGGAACAGACAGAUUUUCUAUCGACCUUUCCAAGGCCAGCGUCAACGGCAACGCCAAUCCUUUCACCAACUCAUCCGACACCCAAAAUAGUGACAACGCCGUUUCUGGUGGCGGUGGCGGUGAGGAUCAUACUGGUUCCAUCCAUGGUGCCAUAAUGGCUGUCGUCUUUCUGCUCGGAUUCCCCAUUGGUUCCGUCCUUAUGCCUCUUGUUGGGAAAUGGCUGCUCCACGCUUCAUGGCAGAUAGUUGCCUUCCUAGCCAUGUGGGUUGGUUUUGGCGUUGGCAAGGUUGCCGCAGAUCGUGGCGGAGAUUGGUUUCACGAACCUCACGUCAUCCUCGGAACGAUCGUGUGCAUCUUGAUGAUUGUUCAACCAGUCCUAGGAUGGAUGCAUCACAGAAACUACGUCAAGUACCAGCGACGAACAACCAUCAGUCAUGCUCAUAUUUGGUACGGCAGAGGCAUCAUGAUUGUUGGAAUCAUCAAUGGUGGUAUUGGACUGCAAUUAUCUGGCGCGUCGACCAAAUUGGUUGCUGCUUAUGCUGUCGUUGGCGUGAUUGUCUCCAUCAUCUAUGCUGGCGGCGCUGUUCAUAAAAUGGUCCAGCUGCGACGGAAAGAACAUCAAUUAAUGUCAGACGACAAUUCGAAUAGCGCUCUCGAGUUGAUGCGUAAUCAGCCCCCGGCUUAUAGAUCCUAG